UCUCGCUAGCAUUUUUCGAUCUUGUCGCUCUGAGUUCUCCGGUUCGGGCUGCUCGUCUGGCCAAGUGGAAUAUCCAUCCACCGUUGCCAACAAGCGCGGGAUGAUCGUGCUCCCGUGAACGAGGCCCCUGCUCUGCGGAAGGAAAAGAUUUCACGAUAACUGAUCGACGGGACGAAAUCGAUCGAUCUGCUGACCGAUGGCUGAGAUCGACACGAGGCCGCUAGAGUCUGUGCAGGCUGCUCUGAACCUCUUCGAGCAGAGAUCAAAUGACCACAGCAGGUCCAGCAGCCCUGACAGAAACGAGCAGGAGAUUGACGCCGUGACGAAGGAGCUCGCCACCUGCAAGCUGCAGCUGGAGAUGAAAGACAACGAGAACAAGCAGGCAACCCUGGACCUGGACGCGCUCCGGAAGGCCAUGCGGGAGCUGUCGGAGAAGUACGACAGGGCGUGCCUGGACGCGCACCGCCGCAUCUCCGAGCUCGAGUCCGACAACGCCGGGAUCACGCGCCGGCAGUGCGAGGCGGCGUGCGAGUGCGAGGCCCUGCGCGGUGAGCUGGCCUGCGCGAGGCGCGAGCUGGAGGCCCUGAGGGGCGCCAACGCGUACGUGCUGGAGGAGGUGGAGGCCAUGGAGACGCGGCGGAUCCUGGAGCGGGAUAGCGCCCGGGAGGCCCUGGCGCGCGCGCUGGAGCUCAACGAGGCCGUGCUCUCGUCCGCCGUGGCCGCAAUCCGGGCCGAGGAGGAGCGGUCCGUCUUCUUCCAGGAGUUCACCAUGGAGAUGCUCAGCUCUGGCAAGGAUUCGGAGGCGGUUGGCAGGAUGCAGGAGGCCAUGGAGGGCGUGGAGGAGGAGCUGCUGGCCAAGACUGUGGAGGUGGAGAUCCUCCGGUCCGAGCUGUUGCAGCUCAAGGAGCUUUACUUCUCCUCGGAACGAGCUGUGGUGGCGGUGAUGCCGGACUCGGCGGCGGCGGCGGCCGCGUCUGGGAAUGACGGCUCUGCUGCGUGCAAUGGAAGUGAUCCUGAGAUUGCCGACGCGUGUUUUGGCACCGUGGAGAGUGUGGAUGGACCAAACAUUCGGCCUGAUGAUGGGAAUAUUAGGGGCUCGUUGUCUGAGCGUGUCGUGGAAGGUCAGAAGAAACCAAAGAAGGGAGUUCGUUUCUUGGAGGAUUACAAGAGCACGAGCUGUGGCGACAAGGACACUGCCAUGGCAGGAAACAGAGGCUUCGAGGCUGCGACGACAGACGCCGGCUUUGUCACGGAGAUCUCCAAAGACGACCGCGAGGCCGACGGGUACGUGCUCGUCGCGAAGGACGGCGAGGCAGGGAUCAAGGACGCCGCGAUCAGCGACCUGAGGUUCACCCUGGAGGAGGCGCUGAGGCGGGCCGAGCUGGCGGAGGAGGCCAAGGCGGCGCUGGAGAGGGAGCUGCGAGGCCGGGACGAGGUCCAGAAGCAACAGCAGCAGCAGCAGCGCCCGCCGCGGCCACGUCCUGGACGCUUCGAGAAUGCACCGGCGCCGCCUGCCCGGCCGCGGGUGACGCCUUCUCCGGCGCCGAAAGGCGGCGCGAGUCCGACGCCGCGCUGCCACGGGCUGACCCUGGGGAAGGUGCUCAACAUGAAGUACAAGUGAAAAAGCGUUCGGGUUGGUCCUUGUACGGUGUGUAUCGUCACCGCGCUGCCACGGGCUGACCCUGGGGAAGGUGCUCACGAGUCAUAUGUUCACAACGAUGGAUGCUGAAGAACUAAUAUGUGAUCCAGUUGAAUUCCUGUUCCUGUGUGUCAUUAUGUGCAUUUCCUUCCUUUCUGUAAGAUGUUUAAACGAGUUUUGCAACUCAGUUCCAUCUC